GGCAACUCUUGGGGAUUGGCAGUUUUGGGUUCGUCUUUGAAGGGUUCCGGAAGUCCGAUGGAUUGCCGGUGGCAAUAAAAUAUGUUACAAAAAAACAAGCAAAAGCAGUGAUGGAUAUGGAACAGCUCAUCCCUCUGGAGGUGGCCCUGAUGAAGCGGGUAAACUCCGUCCCAGUCAGCCCUCACAUUGUGCAGCUGAUUGACUGGUUUGAUGGGCCCAUUGAGUAUGCCAUGGUACUGGAAAGGCCCCAUCCCUGCCAGGACCUGAGAGAGUUCUGCGAAUCCCAGGGGGGCAAACUGACUGAGAACCAGUCAAGGAGUGUGAUUCUGCAAGUUGUUGAAGCACUGAGGACCUGCCUCAACCGAGGUGUCCUGCACAGGGACUUGAAGCUCAGUAACCUCCUCAUCCAGACUGACACCCUGCAGGUCAAAUUAAUAGACUUUGGCUGUGGUGCAUUUCUGAAAGACGCUCCAUAUGAAGACUUAGCAGGAGCAAGAUUGUGCCUUCCCCCAGAGGUCUUUCUGCACAAGCUGUACCUGGCAGUUCCAGCCACAGUGUGGUCAGUUGGGGUGACAGUCUUCCGUCUUGUGUGUGGAUUCAUGCCCUUCCGUACCGAAGAGGCAAUUAUUGGAGUCCACCUGUACUUCCCAAAUAGAGUCUCUGCAGGUGAAAAACGUGACUCACAACUACAGGUCAGCAGGAAGCACAGGGUCAGCGGUGGCCAUCUGGAGGGCUAG